AUGAGGCUACGCCGAACCAGAACUGUGGCUAACUCGGUAUUAAUUUUUUUUUUUUAAUUUGAGCAUUUUAUGAAGCCGCAAAAAAGUUUCGUUGCAUUUUCAACUGAAAAAUGUAUUUUUGCAGGUGACUGACACGUCGACGAAAGAGCAAAAGUUCGUGGUGCGCGGCUACUAUCGAUGCACGUUCCAUGACGAUAUUCUGACGGAGACCAAGGUUUGAUGCACAUUUUAUAAUCGAAACGUCUGGAAAACAAAUCUUUAGGAAUCGGCGCCGGCCGGAUUGAAGCUGAAAUGCGUGGGCGGCGGUCGAAUCAAGCACGACGCGGCGGGAAAAGAUCUGCUCGUGUACGGAUACUCGCAAGGAUACGGACAGGCGGACCACAAGAUCGCCGUCGGAAUUAUUGAGAAACAGUAUCCGCAGUACCAUGUUCACUUUUCCAAUGACGGAUAUUAG